CGGACACCGUCCCCGCGGCUGCCUCCAUCCUGCCCUGGGCUCAGCCCUCGGCUCGUCACGUCCUCCUGCCUCGGGUUCCCUUUCUGCUGUCGGCGCGCCCUCCCUCCGAGUCCCUCGCCGACCUCCCGGUCCUCGUUUGCCACCCACUCCCGCUGCUGUCCAGCCCCGUCGGCGGAGCGCCGGCCUGUGGAGGGCUGGGUGCGGGCUCGGCCGGGGAAGGGCCCGGUCCCCGGACCCGAGGCUCCCGCCCCACCCCCGCUCGUCUCCUGCGCACAACAGUAAAGGCUGAGAAUCUGGCUCACAACUGAGAAAGAUCUCGGACUUGGAGUCCAGGAUGUGGCCUGCUCUGCUGCUGUUCCACCUCCUCCCUCUCUGGCCGUUGCUGUUGCUGCCCCUCCCGCCACCUGCUCAAGGUUCCUCCUCCUCCCUUCGGACCCCACCAGCCCCAGCCCGGCCCCCCUGCGCCCGGGGAGGCCCGUCAGCCCCACGCCACGUGUGCGUGUGGGAGCGAGCACCCCCACCAAGCCGAUCCCCUCGGGUCCCAAGAUCUCGUCGACAAGCCCUGUCCGGCACUGCCCCCCCUGCUACCCCGUCUGGCUUUGAGGAGGGGCCACCGUCAUCCCAGUACCCCUGGGCCAUUGUAUGGGGCCCUACAGUGUCUCGAGAGGAUGGGGGGGACCCCAACUCUGCCAAUCCUGGAUUUCUGCCCCUGGACUAUGGUUUUGCAGCCCCCCAUGGGCUGGCUACCCCACACCCCAACUCAGACUCCAUGCGGGGUGAUGGAGAUGGGCUCAACCUCGGAGAAGCACCUGCUACCCUGCGGCCGCUCCUGUUCGGGGGCCGUGGAGAAGGUGUGGACCCCCAGCUCUAUGUCACAAUCACCAUCUCCAUCAUUAUUGUUCUUGUGGCCACUGGCAUCAUCUUCAAGUUCUGCUGGGAUCGCAGCCAGAAGAGGCGCAGGCCCUCAGGGCAGCAGGGUGCGCUGAGGCAGGAGGAGAGCCAGCAGCCACUGACAGACCUGUCCCCAGCCGGGGUCACUGUGCUGGGGGCCUUCGGGGACUCACCCACCCCAACCCCUGACCAUGAGGAGCCCCGAGGGGGACCCCGGCCUGGGAUGUCCCAGCCCAAGGGGGCUCCAGCCUUCCAGUUGAACCGGAUUCCCCUGGUGAAUCUGUGAUGCCUCCAAUGUUGGGGUGCCGCCAUGCAGGAGGCCAAGGGGCCGGCAUAGCCCCCAUCCCUCUGAGGGUGGGGCAUCUAUGGGGCUGGGGCUGCAGGUGUCCCCAACUCCUGCCCUUGCACACCACCCUGGAACACUCACUGGCCCCAUAGGUGAUCCCAUCUGCUCAUGCUCCUUUAGGUGGGGCCUCACAUAUAUGUGGCUUCUGGUCCCCCAUCCUCAUCCUUGCACACUCACAUGAA